AUGGCACCAAAGAAGGACGUUAAGAAGGCUGCUGCCCCAGCCCCAGCCCCGGCCCCGGCCCCGGCCCCAGCUCCACCUCCCAAGCCUAAGGAAGAGAAAAUUGACCUUUCUGCCAUCAAGAUCGAGUUCUCUAAGGAACAGCAGGAAGACUUCAAAGAAGCUUUCCUCCUCUUCGACAGGACUGGGGAAAGCAAAAUCACACUGGGCCAGGUUGGCGAUGUGCUGCGGGCUCUGGGCACCAACCCCACCAAUGCCGAGGUCAAGAAGGUUCUAGGAAACCCCAGCAAUGAAGAGUUGAAUGCCAAGAAAAUCGAGUUUGAACAGUUCCUGCCAAUGAUGCAGGCUAUUUCUAACAACAAGGACCAGGGGAGCUAUGAAGACUUCGUUGAGGGUCUGCGCGUCUUUGACAAGGAAGGCAAUGGGACAGUCAUGGGGGCUGAACUCCGUCACGUCCUGGCUACCCUCGGUGAAAAGAUGAAGGAGGAGGAGGUGGAAACCCUGCUGGCAGGUCAAGAGGAUUCCAAUGGCUGCAUUAACUAUGAAGCUUUUGUCAAACACAUCAUGUCUAACUAAACGGAAAUCUUCAGAGCACAUACCAACUAUUGAAGACAGUGGAAUUGAGAUUUCUGUGACUCAGUGAAACUCCCACACGACAAUCCAGCUCAGUUGGCCAUGACUGGAAGGCCCAAUCCAAGUCAUCCAGGACUCAUCCGAACGCCUUGCCAAAACUUUUUUUUAUAUCCCGGAGUUAUCCUCUGGAUCAUCCAAUGAUGUACUUCACAGAUCACAUGCUUGAUGAGGCAGAGUAGGAGGAGAGUUCUGCUGUACGUGUUAAAUAUAAGAAUCACUAUUUCCCUUUGGAGCAAUCUAUGUCCCCAAAGAACAUCACAAUAAAUCCCUGUGGACAGUC